AUGGCCUUCAUUGCAGGCACUGACGCAAAUGCACAAAACACUUGCUGGCACAGUACAACUUUCGAUAAGGUCGGGUCAGACCGAGGGGACUCUCUGCUAGCCUAUAUAGCGAGCGAGAACUUAUUUAUCGAAAAUAACGGUAAUUCACCCACAUUUGACAACGGACGGUGGAAGAAUGCCAUUGACCUAACAAUUACAAACAAAAAAGGACAUAACCUCGUUAACCGAUGGCAAGUGGAGGUCAGGGACGAAGAUGAAAACUCUUCAGACCACCACUUCAUCACCUAUAAGAUCACAUCCAACACCGGACUGGGUAAAACUAUAUUCCGAGACAUUGCUAAGACGGACGGGAAGAAAUUUCAGGAAGUCCUAGCUGAUGAAAUGGACAGAUCAAUAGGCACUUUCGAUAACAUAUUGACUGAGAACGAAAUUGACACAACAGUCAAAGUAUUGGCUGAUAACGUCAACCGAGCCUAUAAGUAUAACUCCGCAUGUACGGAGAGGUAUGUGUCUAACAAGAUUCGUGCUCCUCCGUGGGAAACCGCGGAAGUUAGAGAGGCGAACGCCGGUAUCCGGUUUCGCCUUAGACAAGCUCGGUCGACCAAGUCCGACAAAGACUGGUCUGAACUACGCUCACAUCAAGCGGAGUACAACAGACUGGUUGGACGUACUAAAACAUCUAAAUUCAAGGAAUUCUGUAAGAACAUGGAAGCAAAGUCAUGUUCAAAGAGAAUAUCUGCGAUAAUAAAAAACAACAAAAAUGCCCGAUUGGGGACAGUGAGGAAGCCUGAGGGUGUCCUCACCGAAUCCCCAGCUGAAACCCUGGCAGUCAUGGUGGACGCCCAUUUCGCCACGACACCAAGUAUUCAACAGGACCAAAACAUGGCAGAAUAA